CUGAUGGAAGCUGCUCCUAUAGCGGCCGCUCUGCCCAUUACCUCCGGUCAGCCUCUUGCCGGGGAGCCAGGGCAGAGGCCGGGUGGGAUGGAGCGGGACAGCGGGGCGACUUCUCCGACGGCCAGCGGGCUGGGGCUAGGGGCCGGCCAGCGGGAGCAAGCAGCAGCGGCCGGCGGCUGGGAGACGCCGGAGCCCGGCCAGAGCCCUCGCCAGCAGUCGCUGAGCGGAUCCCAGAGUCUGGAACAGCGGCUCAAUGAAAUGGGUAUCAGGAAGCAGACGUCGUACAGGAAAGCCAUCUUGAGAUCAGGACUACAGCACCUAGCUCCAGAACAGGCACCCAGUACCAUCCCAAAGAAUGGGCCUACCAGAGAAAUGCGGACCAGCCCUGACUGGACUGAAAAUGCUAUAAAUGGUGACCAUGUUUGGCUGGAGACAAACGUCUCUGGAGAUUACUGCUACCUUGGAGAAGAGAACUGUUUGGUAAAGAUAACAAAGUCAGUUCCGAGGAGAAAGUGUGCUGCUUGCAAAAUAAUUGUGCACACAGUUUGUGUGGAACAGCUGGAGAAGAUCAGUUUCCAUUGCAAGCCAACCUACCGGGAGGGAGGUAGCCGUUCUCUCAGAGAGCAGAGUUUUGUGAGACAUCAUUGGGUUCACAGACGGCGUCAGGAAGGAAAAUGCAAGCAAUGCGGAAAGGGUUUCCAACAGAAGUUUUCCUUCCACAGUAAGGAAAUCAUUGCCAUCAGCUGCUCCUGGUGCAAGCAGGCAUUUCACAAUAAAGUGACAUGUUUCAUGUUGCAUCACAUCGAAGAGCCGUGUUCGCUAGGUGUGCACGCUGCAGUCAUUAUCCCCCCAACAUGGAUUAUAAAGGUGAAAAAACCACAGAACUCCUUCAAGUCUUCAAGUAGAAGGAAAAAGAGGACAUCAUUGAAGAGAAAAACCAGCAGGAAAGGAGCGGACGAAAGCAAAUGGAAGCCAUUUAUAAUCAAGCCCAUCUCAUCACCCUUGAUGAAACCACUUCUGGUGUUUGUAAACCCAAAGAGUGGCGGAAACCAGGGGACUAAGGUCCUCCAGAUGUUCAUGUGGUGGCUAAACCCACGGCAAGUCUUUGACCUCUCACGUGGAGGACCAAGAGAAGCCUUGGAACUGUAUCGAAAGGUCGCAAACCUCCGGAUCCUGGCCUGUGGUGGAGAUGGAACGGUGGGCUGGAUUCUUUCCCUGUUGGACGAACUACAACUCAAUCCCCAGCCUCCAGUCGCAGUGCUUCCACUUGGUACAGGAAAUGACCUGGCCCGUACCCUCAACUGGGGAGGGGGGUACACGGAUGAACCAGUUUCAAAGAUUCUCUGCCAUGUAGAGGAGGGCAAUAUAGUCCAACUGGACCGCUGGAACCUCCACCUUCAGAAUAACCUCCAGCCUAGCCAAGAUGAUGCUGAAGAAGGCACUCAGAAGCUUCCACUCACUGUGUUUAACAACUACUUUAGCCUGGGUUUUGAUGCCCAUGUGACACUGGAAUUCCAUGAAUCUCGGGAAGCAAAUCCAGAACGAUUUAACAGUCGAUUUAGGAAUAAGAUGUUUUAUGCAGGGGCAGCCUUUUCUGACUUUCUGCAGAGAAGCUCUCGUGAUUUAUCCAAACAUGUCAGAGUGGUGUGUGACGGCACUGAUUUGACUCCUAGAAUCCAGGAUCUGAAAUUCCAGUGUAUCGUCUUCCUCAACAUCCCCAGGUAUUGUGCAGGCACAAUGCCUUGGGGUAAUCCUGGAGAUCACCGAGACUUUGAACCACAGCGUCAUGAUGAUGGAUGCAUUGAGGUCAUUGGCUUUACGAUGGCAUCUCUGGCUGCACUGCAAGUUGGGGGUCACGGUGAGCGGCUCCAUCAGUGUCGAGAGGUGAUUCUUACCACUUACAAGACAAUCCCCAUCCAGGUGGAUGGGGAGCCAUGCCGCCUGAGUCCAUCCGUCAUCCGGAUCUCCCUAAGGAACCAGGCCAAUAUGGUGCAGAAAUGCAAGCGGAGAACCUCCAUGCCACUAUUGAACGACCCUCACACUGUCCCUGGUCGGCUCAGGAUCCGGGUGAACAGGAUCAGCCUCCAAGACUAUGAAAGCCCACAAUACGACAAGGAACGGCUGCAAGAGACCUCAGUCCCACUGGGAAUUAUUGUCAUUCACGGAGACUGUGACCUAGAGACCUGUCGCAGGUAUAUCGACCGUCUACAGGAGGACAGUGACGCUUCCCAACGCCGAAUGUUGUCUUCACAGAAUCUUUCUUCCAAAUGGUGCUUCUUAGAUUCGACCUCUCUGGACCGCUUCUACCGCAUUGACAGAGCCCAGGAGCACCUGCACUUUGUAACAGAAGUGGCUCAGGAUGAACUUUUUAUUCUGGAUCCAGAGGUAGUGGCCGUGCAGAAAACUGUGACAUCCCCUGGAAUGCCAGACCUGGUGGUGGAUCCACCACAAGCCAAUACUGAGCUGUGGAAUGGCUCCAACAGCAAGUGGAUCACAAGUGACAGCUGCGAUUCUGAGUCUGGGAUACAACACCGGUAUCUCGUCAGAAAGACAGAAAGACUGACCCACCAGAAACUCCGGCCUCCCUCAUCCUCCGAGGAAAAAGAACUUCUUCAUUCAGUCCUUGAGGGUGAUCUGCAAAAGUUCAUAGAGUCCUGCAGUAAGGGAGUGAGUCUGAUGGUGAGCAGCACUGAAGGAUCCUCGGUGUUACACUGCGCUGCAAAGAAUGGCCAUAAGGAACUUGUAAAGUACAUCAUUGAACAUGGCCCUCCUGAUUUAUUAGAUGCAGCAGAAAUCAAAACGGGUGAGACAGCACUACACAAAGCAGCAUUCCACCGGUAUCACACAAUUUGUCGUUUUUUAGUUGAUGCUGGGGCCUCGCUGAUGCAGACUGAUUUCAAGGGCAACACUCCGAGACACAAAGCACAGGAGGCUGGUGACCUGGAGCUAGCCGCCUACCUGGAGAACCGGCAGCACUACCAGAUGAUGGCACGCGAGGACCUGGAGACAGCAGUCUGAAAACAAGGAUGUUGGCGAAACUGGAAGGUGGGGAGGUAUUAGCUGUUCGCCUUCUCCCGUUGAAUUCAGUCACUGCUUCCCUUUGUACCCUACUGCUUGAUGGAUGAAAAAGAAAGUGACGUAAUAUUAGGGAAAGAUGGUGGCAAGAGAUGCCAGUUACUGAGACAGCAGUAAAAGAGCAUAUUACUCAUCGUACAGUCCACAUUAGGAGCUGAGGCAGCUGCACGCAGAGGACGAGGAGAAGGGUCGCUGCAUUAAUGGCCCUGUGGAACCCUGUCCAAACUGCAGACUACAGAGUUCUCCACUGCUCAACAAGGAGAGCAAUCAUUCCACGAAACUCCUUCUUAUACAACAACUAGCAUCUUUCAUAAUCUGGGUUUUCCACUGGAUUCAUCUCAAUCUCAAAUUCAAUCAGAAGAGGUCUGUACAGCAACGCCUGAUGAUACUACGUUUACUCACCUUCAGAAUGUAACAACCGCACUGGGUGUUCAAGAGGAACAUGUAGUCAACAUAGGACUAUCUCACCAAGGCUCCUUCAACAUCACCUUCCAAACCCACAAUCUCUACCAUCUCGAAGAACAAGAGCAUCAGAUAUGUGAGAGCACCAUCAGUUGCAUGUUCCCCUCCAAGCCACUCACAUCCUGAUUUGGAAAUAUAUCACUGUUCCUUCAGUGUUAUUGAAUCGAAAUCUUGGAAUUCCCUCCUUAACAGCAUUAUGGGUGUCCCUCAACCAAAUGGAUGCAGUGUUCAAGAAAGCAGCUCCCCACCACCUUCUCAAGAGCAAUUAGGGAUGGGCAAUAAAUGCUGGCCCAGCUAGCAAAAUCUACAUCCCAUGAAUGAAUAAAAAUUAACAAAAAAAAGAACUUGAAGAACUUAUAUUUGGGGUACUAAUAGACAACUUGGAGACCUCACUUCACGUAAUGUAAAUGUCAAUGGCAUGUCUUACCUUGGAUAGUUGGAUAUAAUACAAUAUACUUUGAGGAGCAUUCAACAAGUGAGGAACUGGUGUUCCGUGUUACAUUACUGAUUUGAACCAAAGUGAGUACAGUUCUUGUGCUCUUAGCAGAAGCCUGGAUGGCUAGACUUGAUGUAGAAACCCAUGGUUGUGAAUUGUUUUCAGUGCAGGAACAAGAUUGUUUCUCCACAGAGAAUUCCUGUCAGAACUAUACUAUGUCAUCCCUGAACAGAUGCACACAUUGAACAGUAUUUUCUGCUGUGAGUUCUUCUAUCUCUUUUAACCACUUUCUCACGUGCAGUUGAACAGGGUUUCAGUGUGAUCAUCAAGUCACAUACUUGUCAUUAAAGGGAUCUUGCUAUCCUUUCUGAAUGCAGACAGCUAGUUAAAUUUCCUUGACAUUGUUGGCAAUUUAGUUCUCAAGGCACUGAAGAUAAAAUAUCAUUUAGAGUCAUACAGCACUCAGUCCAGGCCUUUCGACCCAACCAGUUCAUGCCGACCACAUUUCCUGAACUGAACUUGCCCCGUUUACUUGAAGUUGGCCCAUAUCCCUCUAAACCUUUCAUAUCCAUGUAUCUGUCCAGAUGUACCUGCCUGUACCACUUCCACUGGCAGCUCAUUCCAUAUACGCACUGCCAAAUUUAUGAAAAGUUUGCCCCUCAGACCCCUUUUAAAUCUUUCCCCUCUUAUGCUAAAAUGGAGUUAAAAUGAUGGUGCUAUGACACGGGUGGUAAUCAAAGAGAGACGUAUUUGCACUUGGUGGUGUUGCUGCAGUCAAGCCCUGGGACCGUGUGAACUGGGAGAUGACAAGCUCCUAUCCAGUGACCGAUAGCCUAAUGGUAGUGCAACAAUGUUUGUGGUUGUCAGUGGCAACUCCAUCUGUUCUAAUCAAGCUGCCUCAAUGCCUGUCUCAAAGAAACACUAGGAAAUGUUUAUGUUGUCCUGGGCUUUAAUUUGGGUUUCGCUAGGAAUUUCUGCAGUGAAAGAUUGGUGAAUGGUUAAAAUCAUCUGGCAGACUUAGUACAUUUAAACUGCAUGAGAUAGAUUACUAUCAGGACAGGAGCCUGAACCAAAACUUGCCAAGCAACUCAGAUGCUUAGUUGAGAUUUGGAAGGCAUAUUUAGGCUUUCUCUGCACCCACUCUCCUGCCUCCCCUUUACAAAGGGACCUUGCUAAGAUCACCUAUCUGUGUCUUGCUCAAGUGCCAGGAGCUGUUCCUUCGAUCCCAUUCUACCUGCCAAAGCACAUCUGAUCAGUGUAGGUGAGGACAUAGGAACAUGAGCCUGCUAGUUUCUCUUGUGAAGCAUUGGGAAAUAACUGAGUUAUAGUUGCUAGGCAACAGCCAAUGAAGCCAAUAAGGAAAGCUUUCAGGAUCCAUCAGUUAUAUAAUUCCUGAGGCUGAGAACAGAUCUCACCAGCAGAUCUGUCACAUAAGUGACCCCCAGUCCCUAUCAGUACAGGAGAUUAGUGAGGAUAUAAUUGCCCAUAGUAUGCCCCCCGGCAUUAUGGGUGAUGCCUUUGGAAUAGACAUCCACAGGAAGUAGCCACCUAUAAGACUAAGUGAUGAUGGCCUUCCUCUUUCCCUAUCAUUUACCUUUUUUACGCCAGCCAGUAGAACUCCUCUUGCUUCCUGCAGAGAUUUGUGUCAACGUAUUCUUUCUAAGCAAGCUUCUGACUCCUAGGCUGAAACCAUUUAUGUUGCUGUAUGUACUAGAUCAUCAGUAUGGUACUAAUUACAACCUUUGCUGACCCCAUCUCCCUAUCUUAAUUCCUUUGCGGGCAGGUGUCACAGGUCAGCCUAACAACGGAGAUUCCAGACUAGAAAUGAGGUCUCUUUGAGGACUGUGGAGCAGACCAUGAGCUAAUGGCCUUCUUCAGUUCCUACGAAUUGUGUCUUAUGGUCUAAUUGCCCUCCAAAGAAGCAAGCACAAUACCUUUCAAGAAAUGCAGGACUGGCCGUGUGUUCCUUGCAUGAGAUAACUUACAGUUAAAUGGCUACAUUUAGCUCACACAAACCCCAAACUAGUCUGAAGGUCUUGAAAUGUAAUCAAAAGAACACCAGACAUCAGGAGUAGAGUUUUCAGUCAUCCAGGUGGGGUCAUGUUGCAGGGUGGGCAGACCCCUGGUAAACUGGGCAUGCAACAGGCACUUCUGGUCCCUACCUACACACUGAUGCAUUUAGAGUUUCUAAGAGAACAUAGGCUUACUAAGCUCUCUGAUGAAGGGUCCAGGCCCGAAACGUCAUCUUUUGUGCUCCUGAGAUGCUGCUUGGCCUGCUGGGUUCAUCCAGCUUCACACUUUGUUAUUUUGGAUUCUCCAACAUCUGCAGUUCCCAUUAUCUCUGAUCACAGGCUUACAGGAGCUGGUUAAAUGUGCAAAGUUCAAAUGAAGUGCUGGAUGAGCUUGUAAUUGAGCUGUUCUGGAAUACAGAGAACAGACAAGAAUUUUAAAAAGGCCAGCAUAGGGUAGGGACACAGAGAAUCUGGCCACGUUUCUAAAUGACUAACAAAAUAGUGUGAAGCAGUAAGUGGCCUAGCCAUCCUGGGGGUUACCUUUGAUGGACUAGCUAUAUAAAUAGUAUGCUUAAAAGAGCCAUCAAAGGCUAGGAAUCCUGACUCCACAAAGCCCUGUCCACCAUCUACAAAUCACAAGUCAAGAGUGUGGUGGAAUAGUCCCCACUUGCAUGGAUGAAUGCAGCUCCAACAACUCUCAAGACAGCAUCCAGGACAAAACAGCCUGCUUCUUGGCACCACAUCCACAUUCAUUUUCUCUACCACCAACACUCAGUGGCUACAGUGUGUACCAUCUACAACAUGCACUGUACAAAUGGUCACUGGACUUCAUUGUUAAGUCUGCUUCUGUUUCUACGGAUGCUGCUAGACAUGCUGAGUUUCUCCAGCACUCUGCUUGGGCAAUGUGAAGAUAUGAGUGUGUGGUAUCAGUUGUGAUUAAUAGAAAUUGGUACCUUUGAUUGAAUUGACCACUGUGCGUGUGAGAUUUGUGCUUUCAACUAAUAGAAAUAGCAUUUGGGAAUGUAUUCACUGAUCUUGACCACUUGGUCAUUAACCAUUAACUCAAGGUUGAUGUGUUGCAAUUGACUGUGAUGGGUGUCUGGUCCCAUUGACUUGUCAGAGUUCACCUAAAGAUCUUUCUGUCUACCUACCGGAAUUGAGAUAUUUGUGGCAUACUCUCCACUUGAGGUUGCACCAUUAGCCAGUUCUCUUAAAUGUUAGACUGAUGGAUUUUUGUCAUUGCAGAGAAAUAUUAAAGGCUAUGGAGAAAAGGCAAGUGUUUGGAGUUGCUACACAGAUCAUUCAUGGUCUCCUUGAUCAACACAGCAGGUGCAAGGGACUAGAUGGCCACUUCUUUUUCUUUGUUCCGUUGUUCUUCCUGUUCUAUAUGUCUUCCCAGGUCACCACCAGCCCCUGCUGCAAGUCAGACUCCAGCUCAGCUUUAAGAGGUACAGGCUAGCUUUCCAGAAUGCGGGCUGGCUUUAAAUGGUGCUGACCUUGCAUAACUUGAGCUCUGCAGCCAUUCACUGCAUCUGAAGCACAGGGCUUCAAGCUGCUGUCAUUUGAAUGAGCAGGCAAGCACAGGGUUUGUGUGCUGCCUGCAUCCUGAGGAGUAGGCCCAGGUUAAUUCUGCUUCAUAAGGCCAUGCCAGCUUUCAGAUGCUGUUGAGUUUGUCCCCAGCCUGUUAUAACAGUUUUGCACUAAAAAGGAAUAAAUCAAAUCUUCAACAUGAUUCUGAUAAGGCCAAGUGUGAUUUAGGCCUGUUAAAAAGUGUUGCCAGGGGUGACUGAAUCUUAACCUGAGCUUGUCCUUAAAUGAAUUUUCACAAUUGCACGUCUGACUGAGGUGGAAGACCAUCUUGCCAAAACUUGUUUGUAGGUCAGGUUCUGUGAACUAAUUUUUUUUCUUGUGGAAACUGAAGAAAUUUUAUUGAGGAGAUCAAAGAAAUUGGAAGAUCUUGGGUAAAAUGAAAUUAAUGUGCUAGAUUUCCCAAUCCUUGUCUUACAGAGCAGUUUCCAAAAUUUUAGAUCUGCUGAGAAGACAUUCUACAUACCUGUAAGGAUCAACACUGGUCUGCCACAGAUGAGAAUGCUCAUUAGUCAGUACCUUGAGCAAUGCAAACUACUCAGCAGUGAUAAAUGGGAUGUUUAGGAGUAAGGGAGUUUCACAAACAUCAUGUGGCCAUCUGUGCUCAUCUCUUCCACUCCUCAAACAUUUUCUUUACCAAGAGGGAACAUCCCAGCUCUGAUUGGAAUUGUGCUUCCAUUGCAGACUUGAGUCAAAAAUCUUUCUCCUCACUUCGUGCUUGUUCUGGACAGUUUCUUCCAGCUCAAGAAAAAAGCUAUUGAGAAAUAAACAUGUGCAAACCAAACAACAGUCAUCUUCCUUCUUCAGAGCAGAGUUCCGAAAUGGUGUCUGCCUGUCCCAGUUUCAAAAGGCAGCUGUUUAUCCCUUCUGAUCACAGCAGCCAGCUGUCAUGGACCUGUCAAUAGAUAUCUUUAUUCAUGUGAAACUGUUGUGUGAGAGCCAUAGUGAUGAAUUUUGCAUGAAAAUGUUGUGAUUCACACAGAGUGGUGUCUCCUUCCUUAUGAUGGCUUACAUGGACUGACAUGACUGUUCUUGCUUGUAAUUUCCAGUUAGUGAAUGCAGUGCUUGUUUAGCUGUACUGUCUACAUUAACAUAUUCAUUACCUAAUUA